GCACAAUUCAGUGCCAGUGUCGGUGGCGCGGCGGCAGUUACUCGCAUUCGCGCUCGCUACGCGAUGUGACGCACUGAAAACACAACGCGAUCAGGAAAUAUCAUCAACCGAAUUUAUUCCAUACCUGAAUUAAUUAUAAAAUGGUGCAGGAUGAGUGUAUGUCAAUCACGGUGCGAGAUCAUCCUUGCAUAAAAUCAGGUGCAUAGUGGUGAUAUGUGAUGACGAUGGCCACCAUGAAGCUGCCUCUGAAGAUGUACAUCCUUAUCUUACUCGGCGUGUCUGUGAUGCUCUAUCAGUACAGUUUGUCCAGUGUGAUUGCUUUCAACGGGGCGCCUCUGGAUGGUGCUGAUGUUUUAUAUCGGGGGACGCAGAAUGAGAGUAUGGGGCAUGAAGCCAUCAAAUCUGGAGCUAGACGCCUGGACGUUGCCAUGGCCCUUCCGGUUACAACAACCGCCGAAUCCAAAUUGCCUAUGCUCUACAUCAUCACACCAACGUACACUCGUCCUGAGCAAGUAGCCGAAUUAACCAGACUGUCCCACACAUUGAUGCUUGUCCCCAAUCUGCGCUGGAUUGUUGUUGAGGAUGCUACACAUAAGUCGCCGAAAGUCGAAGCUAUCUUGGCGAAAAGUGGUUUGCCAUAUACUCAUCUUAUAGCCCCGAUGCCAGAAGAAUUCAAAAAGAAGAAAAAAGGUCCCAAGCCGCGUGGAGUCUCAAAUCGCAACAAGGGCCUAGAGUGGAUCCGGCAGAACGCCAAAGAUGGAGUACUUUACUUCGCCGAUGAUGACAACACCUACGACCUGGACAUUUUCGAGGAGAUGCGGCACACCAGACGCGUCUCCAUGUUCCCAGUGGGGCUCAUCACGAAGCUGGGCGUGAGUUCACCGGUGGUCCGAAAUGGUACGUUUGCCGGUUUUUACGACGGCUGGAUUGCCGGCAGGAAGUUUCCUGUAGACAUGGCCGGAUUUGCUGUUUCGGUGGUGUUUCUACACCGUCGGCCUAAUGCCACCAUGCCUUACAAACCAGGUUAUGAAGAAGAUGGUUUUCUGAAAAGCCUGCGACCCUUCGAACCGAAAGAAAUCGAACUUUUGGCCGAUAAGUGUACAAAAAUUCUUGUGUGGCAUACACAAACGAAGAAAAACGAACCCUCCCAGCCGGUGGACACUAGCAAGUACAACAAUACGAAUAUUCUAACGCUGAAGACGAUUCUAGUGUAACGUACACACGUGUACUUUGUUGAAGACGUUUCGUUUCUUGUACGGAAUACGGAGUAAGGUAAAUAAGGCUGUGCACAAUUUCAUUUUCGGCGUGUCGCGUGAGUAAUCACUAUAUACUUCCAGUCAAACACGAGCAAGAAACGCAUGCGCAAUCAAAAUCAACGAAACCUAACCUAAAAACAAAUAACUUAUAUCGCAAUAACUUUGAAUGCCUCUCACACUAUUGCCUCCAAAAAUAAACCACAGAUAAAACACAACGCGGGCGCAUUAAUUUGCAAAUGUAGUUGGGCACCCGCACGAUUAAUUUGCAAAUUAAUUGCAGCGGAAGUACGGCGCCGCGUGUACGAGUUUUGUCCCGAACUUAUAUAAAAAAAAAAAAAAAACAUUACGUAACAUUCCACAAUUUUAUUUCGUGCGCCAGAUGGUUCUUGGACGCGCUCCAAGAGUGUCGCAGCGCAAACACGCACCACUUUAAAAUAAAUCGUAUCAUUCCUAUCGAUUUUUAGCUUGUAAGCUGUUCAUACCAACGCCAAAACAAACACUCAUACAUCUACCAUGUAACGCAAACAGUCCAUGAGUUGUUUUACGAAUUAUUAUAGAUUUAAGUCGAUGAGAUAACGUUUCAUAAUUAACGCACUACCGGCAAUGCGCGCGACAUUGCAAUACCCAGUGGAGAAUGUUUUUAAAUAACCGAGCAUUGUAUAUUUUCGCACAAUAGGUUAAAGAAAAACAAGAAAAACAGGAUUAUAAGAUAAAAAGUGAGUUCUAGUUAGUCAUGUGAGGAUAAAAAGUUGUAAUAUUACAAAAUAUUUGCAUUUUUUAAACUUUCUAUCUGUCAAAAAGGGUUUUAGAUGAAUUUUGACAGUAAAAACUGUCAAAUGUCAAAAUUUUAACCUCAAAAGUUGAAAUUUAAAACUUAAAAGUGCAAAUAUUUUGUGAUUUUGUUACAAUUUUCACGAGUGACAUGAAACUCGAUAGCAUCUUACUGAUUCUUACGAAUAGUACUUAACGUUCGAAGACGUUUCUUAUGUAUCUACCGUACCUAUAACACGCAAGUAUUUAUUAAGAAUUUAAGGAUUUGACUAAAAGCCUAGGUCCGACGCCGUCGUUUUGAUGAAUUUGUGAAGUGGAUAUUAAACUUGUUACAUUUCUUACAUAAAUAAAGAGACAGAAAGAAAGUGAA